AUGCCGCUCUCGCGCCAAUGCACCGUUCCCAUCUCUUGUUCAUCAGGGCAAGCGCUGCUGCGGCUGUGGGAAGGGCUGAAUCUCACCAACCCACAGCGCAGCCCCGAGGGCGGCCAAGGAAAGGAACAACUUCAAUGUCGCCUCGAUCAACGUCCCACCUUUACCCCCUCAUCGUCUCCAUUUGCCACCAGGACAAGCGCUGCUGCGGCUGAAAGAGGAGCUGGAUUUCACCACCCUGCAGCGCAGGCCCAAGGACAAGCGCUGCUGCUGCUGCGAGAGGAUUUGAAUUUCACCAACUCCGCAGCGCAGCCCCAAGGGCAAGCGCUGCUGCGGCUGAGAGAGGAUUUGAAUUUCACCAACCCGCAGCGCAGCCCCAAGGUGUACUGGCGGUCAAGGGAGAACUGCAACGUGGUCUUCGGCGUCUCGUGCAACGACCAGGGCCGCGUCGUCACUCUGUCCUUGUGGGGAGUCACAGGGCCUCUGCCAGACUCGAUUGCCAACCUCACUGCACUCACAUCGCUGUGGGUGGGCAACAACGUGACCAGCAUACCCGCCUCGAUUUCCCUGCUCAACUCAACACUCGCCGCACUCUUUUUGGGCGGCAAUGCUAUCAGCGGGAGCUUCCCAGCUGCCAUCACCAAGCUCACUUCUCUGCAGGACCUGAGUCUGGCCGACAAUGACCUAUCAGGCCCUCUUCCCCCGGGGAUUGGCAAGCUGCCCCAGCUGGAAAUGCUUCGCUUGGAUGGGAAUCGCCUAUCAGGACCCAUCCCCUCCCUCAUCUCCUCGCUUUCUUCCCUCUCCUACCUCUCGCUCGCUUCGAACGAGCUCACAGGGGCCAUCCCCCCACAGAUAUCCGCGUUACAAGCCCUGCAGUACAUUGAUGUGCGAAACAACCUUUUGUCUGGAGUGAUUCCCCCACAGAUCGGCAACAACUACAACCUCAACUGGCUGUACCUGAGCAACAACCGCCUGUCUGGGUCCAUCCCUGCUUCCAUUGGCCGUCUCGAUCGCCUGCGAUACAUGUUCAUUGAUGUUAACGUGCUCAGUGGGUCCCUUCCUGACUCUAUCACUGCGCUCAGUGCACUCGUCUACCUCAUCGCAAGCCACAACCUUCUCUCUGGCCCCCUCCCCACCAACAUUGGCCAGCUUCCCAAACUUGCCUUCCUGUCUAUAAGCAACAACUCUCUAUCAGGACCCCUCCCGCCCUCCAUGGGCCAGCUCAGUCACCUGCAGAUCCUGGACCUGUCUCGCAACCGUCUCUCAGGUGCUAUUCCAGAUGCGUUCGCUGACAAGCCAGCCCUCAACUCCAUCGAUAUUUCUUUCAACGCUCUCACAGGCCCUCUGCCACCCACACUAUCCAGCUGUGGCUCUCUGUACACGCUGGACGUGAGCAGCAACUCCCUCAGUGGCGCUCCCGGCACCGUUGUCAGCAACAUGCCCACCCUCUCCUACCUCAACCUGUCUCAGAACUAUUUCACAGGCCUUGUACCCAGAGUGACAGACAGUCAACAAAUGGUCUCGUACGACAUCAGCGCCAACUACUUCCACGGGCCUGGGCUUGUCUCCGACACCACCCCCCUUGCGCUGCCCCUCUGCAAGACGGGAUUCGAGCCGGGAACCUUCUCGGCAGCUUCCAACUGCCUGGUGUACGGCGUUGCUACGGAGAACUCGUGUCCCACUCGCACCGGCCCCAUGAGCACCGGGGAGCUGCUGCAGGUGGACACUCAACGCUCAGUGGCAGCCUGCCUCGCCUUCUGCCGCACCAACGUCACUCGCACCGCUGCCAACUCCCAGUGCGGCUCUCUGGGGACUUGCGUGGUGGAGCUGUCAGGUUCUCCCCCCCGCCCCUCCUUCUCCUGCGACUGCUUCAAAGGGACUGUUCGCUCGGCUGACGGCCUAAACUGCACUGCAAUAG